GAGACCAGAAAAAAAGGGUCCGGGUUGGACUCGAGUGGCGCCGGCGAGUCGGGACGGCGAGGGGGCCAGCGGCGAAGCAGCGAGAGGUGGACUGGCAGUCGGGCGGCGCCGGCGGAUCGAGACGACGAGGCGCUCGCUGCAGGCCAGCCGCGAAGCAGCGAGUGGUGCUGAGGUGACCUGGGACUCGAGCGGCGCCGGCGAGUCGAGACGACGAGCUGCUCGCUGCAGGCCAGCGGCGAAGUAGCGUGGGGUGAACUGGGACUCGAGCGGCGCUGGGGGGAGCGGGCCUGACCUGAACAGGUCGAGCUGACGACGGCUCCCUGGUGCGGGGUAGGGAGUCGGCGGCGGAGCAGAGGACUGGAACAUCUUGGGUCACUGGUCAGGUCAGGGCUUCUGCACAGGUAUGAGAGGGACCUACGAUCCACUGCUCGGGGCGCAGGUUGUGCAAAGAGCUGCUGCGCAAGGAAGUGUUCUCCAUCAGCUAUCUUCGAUUUGGCAAGGGAUCGAACCUUUCGUCUUCCUUGGAGCAGCUGUUGGUUUGGGUUGGGCAGCAUGGACGUACUACGAUCGUAAGGCGGCUAUGCGCACCUACGGACGCCACAUCACCGGCAAGGGAGUCGGACUGGUUGUUGGCCGUGAUGAUGAGAUCGACCGCGUUAUUUCCAUCCUCUGCCGCAAGACCAAGAACUGCGCCGCGCUAGUUGGCCACGCGGGGGUUGGCAAGUCUGCCAUCGCUGAGGGCCUCGCGCAGCGCAUCGCCACCGGUAAGGUACCUGCUGCACUUGCUGGGGCACGUGUUGUGGAGAUCGACCUCGGGGCCAUGGUUGCCGGGACCGUUUUGCGCGGUAUGUUUGAAGAGCGAAUGAAGAGCGUCAUAAAGCAGGCAGAGAAUGUAGGCGGCAAGAUAAUUCUCUUCAUUGAUGAGAUGCAUGUGCUUCCUCGUGCUGGUGAUAGCCACGGAAAUACAGACGCUUCCAGCUUGCUGAAGCCGGCUUUGGCCCGUGGUCGUAUCCGCUGUGUAGGUGCGACGACUUUUGAUGGUUACCGCAAUUGCAUUGAGAAGGAUCCUGCACUUGAGCGGAGAUUCCAGAAGGUGCACAUCGAGGAGCCAAGCAUGCAGGUGACAAUUGGCAUACUGCAGGGGCUAAAGCAGCAGUACGAACAGCAUCAUGGCUUGGAAAUCCAAGAUUCUGCUCUUGUUGCUGCUGCCCAGCUUGCUGCCCGCUACAUCACCGGUCGUCAAUUUCCGGAUAAGGCUAUUGAUCUGAUUGAUGAGGCGUGCACUGCCAAAAUAAAAAGGGCGAUCUCUGAAAAUUCAUUGAAGGGAGCAGCUGUUGAACCAAAUGAUGUCGCACAAGUUGUGAGCCAAUGGACUGGAAUUCCUGUAUGUGCACUUGAGCAAGAGGAAACGGAUAAGUUAAUCCACCUAGCGGACAGGCUUCAUGAGCGAGUUGUUGGCCAGGAUGAAGCGGUAAAUGUGGUUGCUGAAGCAGUGGUAUGUUCUAUGACUGGCCUUGAUCAUCCGGGCCAACCCAUAGGAUCUUUCCUCUUCUUGGGCUCAACUGGUGUUGGAAAGACAGAGCUUGCAAAAGCUCUCGCUGAACAGCUAUUUGCGAGUGAGAAGAUGUUGGUUCGCUUUGACAUGUCUGAAUAUGUUGGCAGUGGAUCUAUUUUGCGACUCAUUGGAGCACCCCCAAGCCAUGAUGGCUAUGAUGACGGCGGGCAACUGACUGAGAAAGUUAGGAAUCGCCCAUACAGUGUGAUCCUUUUCGAUGAGGUAGAGAAGGCAGAUCCCUCGGUGUUGAACAUUUUUAUUCAACUUCUUGAUGAUGGUGUGUUGACCGAUGGCAAAGGACGGACGGUAGAUUUCAAGAAUACCAUCAUCAUUAUGACCUCAAAUAUAGGAGCAGAGCACCUCAUGGCAGGAAUGGCUGGAGAAAUCACAAUGGAUGCUGCACGUGACCUUUUGAUGAAACAGGUUCAGAAACACUUCAAGCCUGAGUUCCUGAACAGGCUGAGUGAGAUUGUGGUAUUUGAGCCCCUUUUGCAUGACAACCUGAAGGAGAUUGUGAAAAUCCAAAUGAAGAGUGUGAUUGCGAGGGUGGCUGACAAGGGCAUCUCUCUUUUCGCAAGUGCCGCGUUGGACGUCAUUUUAUCGGAAUCAUACAACCCAAUGUAUGGUGCGAGGCCCAUAAGGAGAUGGUUGGAGAAGAAUGUGGUGACUAAGCUGUCCCUGAUGCUGAUGAAAGGUGAAGCCAGUGAAGGCUCGACGAUCUCCAUCGAUGCCACAGACGACAAGAAGAAGCUCAAGUAUGAAGUAGUAGCGAAGAAGGUCGAACUUCCCGGUGAGUGUGACACUGACAGCGGUCGUAUGGCGGCUGUGGUCAGUCCCAUGAAAAGAAUUGUGUCUCUGUUAGCGACCCUGACAGUAAAGCAUCCUCACGAGCCUGCGUUCAAGCCCUUGUAACGGGAGUCGGGAAUGUGUGAUGGGUAAGUCCAUGUAGUAAUAUGCUCGCCGGCGCCAAUCACCUCGACCUCGACGUGCAGCGGCGCCCAGAGCGCGGCCAAGGAAACGCCACAUACAAAGGUGAUGUGUUGGCGCCGUUGUAGAGGGGGGAAACUGUGGGACGAAAUGAUCCUCCUAGCCAUCGCACAAAUAAACGGUAUAGAUCUUAUUGCAA